CUCCCGUCGAACUCUCCCACUUUUAACCGGGAAAUGAGCUUCAGAACGACAGAGGGUAGUGCUUGGAAUGUUUUCCUGGUUUCUCCGCCGUCCGGCACCCGGUUUCCUCCUCCCGGUCCGUCACUGGGUUCAGAGGAACAAGACGCCGGCGAGGAGGGAGAGGGAAAUUACUCCCGGCCGACCAAGUUUUGCGCCAGAGACCAUUGGAGGAGUCAUGAAGAUGCCCGGCUGAGGGAGCUCGUUUCCGAGCAGGGCCCUCAAAGCUGGAAUCGGAUUGCUGAAAAGAUUCCGGGCAGAUCAGGGAAAAGCUGCAGAUUGAGGUGGUUUAACCAGCUGGACCCGAGGAUAAACCGGAAGGCGUUCACGGAGGAGGAAGAAGCGAGGCUGGUGGCGGCGCACCGCACCUACGGCAACAAAUGGUCGAUCAUCGCCCGGCUCUUCCCCGGCCGGACGGAUAACGCUGUCAAGAACCACUGGCACGUCAUCCUCGCCCGCCGCCGCCGCCGCGGACACCAGAUCGCCGGUGCUUGCCGGCCCACGCAGCCAAGAAACUACAUUGCAAUGAGCUCAAACAUCGUCGGCGACAGCCUCAACGACGACCAUUCGGCGGCGUCCACUCUCACCUGUCUCUCCCCCUCUACCAUGACUACUUCCUCCUCCUCCUCCAACCCAAAUCCGGGGUCAUCUCCGAACGGCGGGAAGGGGAGUCGGCCGGCGGGGACCGACUCGGCGCUAAACGACGUCGAUCAAGAGCAAAAUGCCAAAAAGGUGAAGACCGAAAUGCCAUUCUAUGACUUUCUAGGAGUCGGAGGCGGCGACUGAUGAUACAGAGAAGAAAAAGCCGUUUUGGGUUUUCUUGAACUUUUAUGUGGGUUGGUAUUGAGUGAGAGAGUGGGGGGCGGGCGGUUGACAACAAAUAAGGUGGAUCGAUCACUGUGGGGAAAACGUAAAGGUCGGUGUUUUUGGUUGGUGGGGGAAGGGGGUGAUCGAUAAUUAGGGGUAAAAAAUGGGUUGGAUUAUC